GUUCGGUAAUGUAGGACACGUUUUGUGUUGAUUGUAAAUUUAUUUUAAAAACAAUUUAUUUGACUGAAUUUGGGUAUACUCUAAUUUGGUUUUCCUACAUUUCCUUUCUUUUAUAAACUAAGACAUUUAUAUUUGUUGAACAAAUGUCUACAGUUUGCUAUUUAUGUUUUUCUAAGAGAAAACAUAAAGUAACACUUCACUGCUUUCCUCGCAAGACCGAGUUACGGCAGCAAUGGAUGGAAGUGUGUGGAUUGAAUCAAGAUGAGGAUGUAUCACAUAUAAGACUUUGCUCAAAACAUUUCAAAUCUAGUGAUUACGUUGAUAUAAAUGCAAAAUCACUUGGAGGACGAUUGUCUUUAAAGGAUGGCUCAAUUCCGUCAGUAAAAGUUCCUUACCCAAAGCCAAACAUACAAUCAAGUUCAGUAACCAAAAAUUGUAACUCUAUAACAAAAGCAAAAGAGGUUGAAUUUAUAGGAUUUGCAGAACCAAUAAGUUGUUUAGAAGAACCUUAUAUUAUUGUUGUAUCAGAUGGUCAAGAAAAAAAUGUGGACCAAACGAUUCUUUUAGAAAAUCCUCUACUAAUUACUGCACCCACAACAGAGAAAAGGGAUGUAGAACAAAUUGAGAAUCACAGAAUACCUGUGAAUGAUCCUGAAGUAACCUCACAUGAUAUAAAUGCAAAAGAUCCUAAAAAUAAUAACAUAAUACGCAAACCGCAAAAAAAACACAAUCAAAAUGGAUUUUACAUUUCUGAAUUUCAGUCACAAGUACCUGUACCAAAAAGGGCAAACAGAAUUUUAAAUAUGAUGAGACAAAGAGACGUUGAGAAAACGAAAAAAAUUAAACAACUGCAGACCCAAAAUCGAUACCUGUUAAAACGUGUUGCAAUCUUAGAGAAACGAUUAAAACGUUUUAAUAAUCAAGACCAAGAUUGAUGAUUGUCAUUAUAGGUAAAAUUUUAUAUAAAUGAAUAAAACUGAAAAAUAAUUCUUUAAAUAUGAGGCAUAAUAUUUUAUCAUUCAAAAUAUGACUUUAUUUGAAGAUAUUGUCAGGAUAUUGACAAAUGAGACUGAUACUAUUUUUAACGUUACGUUACUGUGAUAUUUAUUUUCGUGUAAAAUAAUAAACGUUGACUCG